GUCGCCGCAGUCACCACCGGCGCCACCACCCUCCGUCGUCUCAGGUCGUCUACAGGUGUGCCGGCGACGACCUGAGGUACACCUGGUUGCCCGCUGGUAUACCUGGGUUGUUGGUCGAUGUAACGGGUUGGUCACUGAUAGCCCCGGUUGGCUGGCGAGGCGGAUGUCGAACGAUAUGUAUUUUGGUUUGUCUGUUGGUUAGAGCUGGUUGUUGGCUGAUAGACCUGUCGAACGAUACGCUUUGAGUUUAAUCUCGAGGACACUUUAUCGUCAUCGAGACAUUAAAAGAAAAUGCGAGUUCUUUAUCCUAUGAUGAAGAUAAUUAAAAAAAGUGUUAUAGGCUUUUAACGAGAUUUGAAUAAUAAAAAAACAACGAAUGAAAGAAAAAGAAAGAAAAAACAAACGAAAAAACAAAUGAGAAAUAACAUGAAUGAGGAGGAUCUUGUGAUUUAGACAAAAAAACAAAAACAAAAACAAAACAGCAACACAUAAAAGGUGGUGGUGAGCGUGUGUAUUUGACCUUACGUUCUGUGUCGUGACCUGCUGACCUGAACUGCCUGAGGGAUACCCGCUUGACCUCGCUUCACGUCGUAUCCACCAUCGCCCGGAGCUGCACAAGACACCCGCGCAAAGAUGGCGACGUGGACAGCCCGCCCGGCAGCCCAGGGUACACCAGCCUCUUCGUGGGAGGAGCCUGGAAGCCCAGACUCCGCCUCUUCCACGCAGGCCACGCCCUCCCCCACCCACUCCCCCUGCAUGGAUAGUAACGACCCCAUGGAAGAUAGCGGGUUCCAUGACUGGCUGGGUAUGGAGGAUGGAACAGCUGAGUCCCAGAUGUCAGUCACGGGGGAAAUGUCUGUGGUGGAGAGACUUCAAUAUCUUCUCGACACUGGACAGUUUGCUGACGUGAACAUAAGGGUUGGUCAAGGAAACAAUGUCGUGGUUUUCAAGGCUCACCGGCUGUUACUCGCAACAGCCAGCCAGCCUCUGUAUAGGUUAGUGUACGCUGUGAAUCCCCAUCCGGGUCCUACUGAAGUCACCACGAUCAGGGUCCAUGACAUGAUGCCUAAGGACUUCGAACCCAUCCUGAAGUACAUCUACACGGACAGCGUCGACUGUUCGGAUAUCAAGGUGGCGUUCGAACUGCUUCGCGCCAGCAAGCGGUGGGGUCUCGCCGGCCUGGGGAUCAAGAGCCUCAAUUAUCUCGAAGGCUUCAUCGACGACUUCGAACCUUCCACCGAGGAGAUGAAGACCAACCUGUUCGACCUGCUGGUGCUGUCCGAGAAGAGCUUGAACGACAUGUGCGACAAGUGCUGGCAGAUCAUCUCGAAGCACGCCAACGAGAUCAUCCCCUGCGAGGGCUUUCUGAGACUCGAGCGGGACAUCAUUCGGAAGAUGCUGAUGCAGAAGGAGCUCAAGUUCGACGACCAGCUGAAGCUCUUCGAAGCCAUAAGGGACUGGGGUCUCCGCUACGUCAGGGAGAAGGGCCUCAAGAUGACCCAGCUCGGGGACGUCGUCGAGGACCUCAUCAAAGUGGUGGACUUCGACAAGAUCUCCGACAGGGACUUCGUCAACACCGUCUUGACCUCGGAGUGUCUCGGGAAGGCCGAGGUCAUUGCCUUCUUCAUGACCCACGGCCUCGAGAUUCCCAGGAACCUCGACUUCAACAACAACAAACAGCUUCCGUUCUGGUUGUGGUUUUGUGCAACCUCUGACCCCGAGUUGAAGGAGAGGAGAGGCUCGAAGGGAGGCCCUGCCAACAGCCUCCAGGGCAAGAAGGCAACUCACAACCACCUCACGCCCGUAGCCGAGACCGUGAACAAAAUAACUUCUCUCACACAGAACGGCUCUUUGCUUGAGUUUAACAAAGUCUGCAGGUUCCGGAAAGGUUACAGAUGUCCGCAGAAAGAGAUCUACCAGUCUCAUGAGCUGAGGUUCCGUGUGGACAAGAACAUCAAGCUUUUGGGCGUCGGUUUUGGUUUUCUGUUCAGUAGCACAGACAUGGGCGUGACAGUCCAUUGUCAAGGUCCUUGGGAGACGCGUCAGUGGACAGAUAUAGAGAAGACAUACUGCCGUGUAUCUGGAGAAAAACAAGAGACAGCAGAUGUGCGCCUAAUGUUCAACACACCCGUCAGAAUCGAAGCAAAUCAGUGUUAUAAGGUUAUGGUGAAGAUUGGACGGAUGAGCUCUGGUAGCUCGGAUGUGGAGCUCUGGGGUGGAACAGGUGGAAUGCACUAUGUGGAAACAGAAGAUGCAGAGUUCUUCUUUAUCAAGGCAGCAGUAGAUCCCAACAAGAGAGUUGAGGAGAGUGAAGGAGAUGUCAAGCCUGGUGUGAUAACUGAGCUCCUUUACCAACUGGACACUGGUGAAGAGGAGAAGCCCGUUGAGAGACGUCGCCGCCCACAGCCCCAAGAGGAAGAACAGGAGGCCCAACCAGUGGAGACAACCGCCCGACGUCGACGACCAGAAACACUCAAGGUGCCUGAGAUAUCCUAUACCCGUAAACGUUCCCCUCCCUCUGGUGCCAAGUCCCCUGAUGCACCUCCGGUUACCAGACGUCGGGAAGGUGUUGUUAGUUACGAAACUUCACCAUCUUACAGCAGCAGAAGGACAUCUGUUGAAGAAUACAAGCCAGAGAGCUUCUCUACUAACAGGUGGAGAACCAGGAGUAGAGAGGAGGACUCAGACACCAAGAAGUCCUAUGAAACCUCGACUAAGACUGAAGAGUAUAAACCCUCGAGUUUCUCUACCAACAGGUGGAGAACAAGAUCGAAACCAGAGGAUUCAGAGACUAAGAAAGCAGAAGACACCGAAAGAAAGACUUCUGUUGAAGAAUACAUGCCUACCAGUUUCUCGACCAACAGGUGGCGAGUGCGGCCCAAGCCAGAGGAUUCGGAAAGCAAGAAGACUGAAGAAAGGAAGACCUCAAUAGAAGAAUACAAACCUGAUAGCUUUUCUACUAACAGAUGGCGUACUCGACGAACUGAAGAUGAUACUUCCAAAACACAAGACACUAGUAGCAGUAAGACCACAACAGAUGAAUACAAACCACAAAGCUUCGUCACUAACAGAUGGAGAACGAGAGCGACACAGCCAGAGGAACCGAAGGAUACAGUCUUUGGAAACAAAGCAUACUCAGGCACAGCCAAUACUGAGAGGACGUCCCACCCAUUCAUGAGGCGUCGAGAAUCGGAAACCAAGCCCUCAGAGAUCCCCUUCUACCUCAGGAAACAGUCAACCGAAGACAAUCGUCCGCCUCUUGCCAAAAGCAGGUGGGCGACGACUGCAGACGACGACCGACGUUCGCGAGAUACAACGACCCGAAGUCUGUAUUCCCGGGAUAAGGACACGAGUAGCGUCUCCUCCUCCCUGCCCCGUCCAAGUGAUUCCUCGAGUCUUAGGAGUCGCGACCUGUCCUCAAGUCGUUUCGGAUCCACCAGAGACUCUUCCUUGUCCCGCGUGAGGGAUUCCUCGCUGUCUCGCACAAGCACAAGAGAACCUUCCCUCUCACGCAUCAGGGAUCCGACAACCUCUCGUUUUGGCAGUACCUACAGCAGCAGUUUCAGUAGGUAUGAUUCUCCCUCUACCCAAGCAGGCAAGACUGAUGUUAGCAGCAGCAGUGCUGGGAGCAGGUACAGCCAGAGCGCUGACACCGGCAAGAACAGUGCAUUGAAUAGGUAUGGUCUAGAUUCCCCAGCUUCAGGAGGACUUGAGGAGAAAAAAUAUAGUAGUAGGUAUGGUGUAUCUUCUACCAUUCGACCAUACACUGGUGCUAGUAGUGCCGGUAGGCUGACUUCAUCCUCCUUGUCUCAUGGCUCUGACUCCGGUGCCACGAGCAGAGGUAGCAGGUAUGGCAUAUCUUCAACAGGUAGUUCUGAUACGAGUGCCGGGAGUAGGUAUGGCUUGUUAUCCACUUCUGGUGACAGUGCCUCUAAAUAUGGCACAUCCUCAUUACAAAGUAGAUCUGAUACUAGUAGUAAAGGCACCGGAAGUAAAUAUGGCAUUUCCGGUGGGAGUGAUGCUAGUAAGAGUAGCACUAGUUCUAGAUAUGGCAGUUCCACCAGCACAGGAACCCGCGACGUUGGACGGACUCCGCUUAGUUCAUCGUUGAGCUCUUACGGAAGUUCUGGCAGCGGAAAGUCCACAACAGGCAGCAGCAGGUUUGGCUCGACCUAUGGCACAGGGUCAACCUCUGCACCACCUACCAGGCUCGCCGGCGGCAGCAGACUCCUCUCGUACAGUAGCGGUGGCAACAAGAGCACCAACAGCGAAAACUGCAGUAGAUUCUGUAGUCACUAGUUUAGUGUAAAUCGAUGGUCGUUCUGCAUGAUACAACCACGAUGCUGAUUUGUAUGGACGUCUUUGGAAAGAAAACACACAUGCUAGGAGAGACAAGGAAAAAAAAGAACAUUGUAGAAAAAUAGGAUUUUUUUUUCUCUCUAUAUAUAUUAUUGAAUGCUAGCGCCAUCUUUUGGCAAGUCGUUGCUUUUAAUCAUUGUUUCUGUUAUGUUUUGUUUUUCUCUCGCCCAUCACGAAGCUUCUUGAAAUUUUAACAAUAGCAUAACACUUGCAUUUUGGACAGCAUUUUUUGUUUUGUUUUGUUUUAUGUAUAGUUUGUUGCCCUUAUAAUAUAAAACAUGAUACACUACAUUAAUAUAUAUUUUAGCUUUAACUAAAACGCAAAGAUGCUCGAUCGACACAGUUAAUUUCAAAACACGACAAUAUCGAAAGCCUUUUUUUCUUCUUAUGCUUUCAAAGCUAUUUGAUGAUAACUUUUUUCUAGUCGUUUAACAAUAACUUCUCACAAGCAUAUUUCCAAUAUCUAAGGCAUUUAAUAAAACAAGAUAAAUAACGAUGCGUUAAUGACACUAGAAUAAUCUAGCCUAAUUUCAGCUACGUAUGCUUUGUUAGAUUUUUUAACAAUUUUAACAAAAAAAAGCUUGAAUUUGUGACGAUAAUCACUUGCGUAUUAAGCUUCAACUCUUUUAUACUCAAAGGUUUAUUUGCUUCUCUCCCGUUUUAUCAUAUGGGCGAGUCGAUAAGGCAAUUUGAGUCUAACAAACACUUGUUGAAUUCCGAAGAGAUCGUAACAUGGAAAUAAAGAAAGUAAAAAAAAAUGAAAUAGCUGUUACGUGUGAUGCCGUUUCUUUAUCCAACUAGUGACUUGAAUUAGAAGAAAAAAAUACAUAUAUAUAAUAAUAAGAAGAAGAAUAAGAGUAAGAAUAAUUAAAUAAAUCGAUUUUCCGCCGCUAUCAAAAUCAACAAGAACUGACUAAUAAAAGCAUAGAAAUCAGAAAAAAAUAUACAUAUUUACCACAAAAGGUCACUCACUAUACAAACCCUGAAGAUAACACUCUAGGUUAGUUUUGAAGUUCCAUGUACCAUGCGUUUAGCAGUUAAAUGAAUAUACAAAAAAUGGAAAUAGGAAUAGUGAAAUAAAUAAAUAUAUAAUGAUAAUAAUAAUAAUAAUAAUAAUAAUAAUAAUAAUAAUAGUACGUAUAUAGCUAGGCAGAAAUGAGAAAUGGAAAAUUUAUAUCGUUAUAUACAACAAAGUGUUAAUUCACAUGAUAAUAUCAUUUGGAUGAAACGAAAAAAGAGUAACGAAAUAUCCUGUGGAAAAUUAUGAUCUAGAAGUGAUAGAAUAGAUUUUUUGUAGAAUAAGAAAGGACACGGAAGAUAAAAAAAAGUAAAAUACGUGUCUUCUGUGCAUGAUUUUAUGUCCGUCAUGUGAGUCGUACAUGAUAAACCUUGCUAGAAUUUUAUACGUUAUUUUCACGCCGUCGCAGGAUAUGAAAUGAUAGAAAAAAAUAUAACAUGAUGGAAAAAAGGUACCAUUAUAUUUCUACGCAUGUUCACACAGAUACGCAUAGAUACACGCAUACACGCACACGCAAGCACGCGCACGCACACACACACACGCACAAUCUCUCUCUCUCUCUCUUACACUCUCUCUCUCUCUCUCUUUCUCUCUCUCUCUCUCUCUCUCUCUCUCUCUCUCUCUCUCUCUCUCUCUCUCUCUCUCUCUCUCUCUCUCUCUCUCUCUCUCUCUCUCUCUCUCACAC